GUGAGCACCGUGAAUCGUCAUUGACCUCCCUCAGUAGGUUUUUACUUAAACUGGGAAGGGGAGCCCGUGGCACAGUAUUGCGAUCAGUAUCGAUUAGGUUCGUCGUCAUGGCUGCGGAUAACGAUGAGGUAUGUGAGCGUCUUAUUGAAUGUUUUAGGCUGAAGCUACAGCGGUAUAUUAUGGUAGAGCAGGUUCUGGAUCAUAUACAUUUUAUCGAACCCGAAGUAAGAGAACAGAUCAAACAAAAGGCAACGACCGAGGGUGACCGUUCGGCCGUGGAUAUCCUCAUUGGCGCAGUCCUUAAGAAGCCACACAGCCCUGGUUGGUUCACGGCGUUUGUUGACGCGUUGUUACACUCUGGUUGUGAACAUGCAGCUGACUACUUACAGCAGAAUCUCCCCAAACCUGAAGUGGAGGCAGACAACGAUUGCUGUGUCCGGCUUAUUGAAAUACUGUAUCCCAGUCUUGUGGACAUGAAAACUGACGAGGUGUAUCCACACUGUCUCGCUAAAACCCUGCUUACCCACAAUGACGCUGAGAUUAUUAGAGCAGAAAUACAAAACAGGGGACCCAAAGCUGGAGCCCGUGAACUUCUGAAAAGAAUCGUGAAAGGUCGCCCGGGAUGGAUUUCUGAAUUUCUCGAUAUUCUGCAAACAACUGGACACCAGGAGCUGUACCAGCUGAUUCGCGGGCCACCUGACUGUGACAAACAAGAUGAGAAACUGCCUUCAUUGAAAGGUGAGCCCACAGGAAAUGACAUCACCAUGGAGGAGGAUCCAGCUGCGGCUAAAAGCCAUAAUAGCCCAGAGUCUAUGGACAUCGGCAACACCGAGGAUCCUCAGGAUGAAGCCGCAGACCUGUAUGAGGGAGUGAGCACUGAAUCCAAACAACUGUCAAACAGCUUGGAGCCCUCAAAUCCAGAUGGAACUAACCCAGCAGCAGCCGGAAGCCCAGAAAAUGACGAUUUUGAUCUUCGAGAUUAUCAGAUGGAAGUCGCAAGACCUGCCUUGGAAGGGAAAAACAUCAUCAUAUGCCUCCCGACAGGAAGUGGCAAAACCAGAAUUGCAGUUUAUAUUACCAAAAAGCAUCUGGACUGCAGGAGGACAGAGGGGCAAUCAGGGAAAGUAAUUGUCCUGGUGAACAAGGUUCCUCUUGUUGAGCAGCAUUAUUCCACAGAGUUCUCGCCACUGAAGCCCACAUAUAGGGUGGAGAGAGUCAGCGGGGACAGCCAGCUAAAAAUCUCUUUCACAGAGAUUGUGAAGAACAAUGACGUCAUCAUUUGCACGGCCCAGAUUCUGGAAAACUUCUUGGAGAGGGCUAACAAAGGAGAGGACGAAGGGGUGCAGUUAAGUGAUCUGACAUUGAUCAUAAUAGAUGAGUGUCACCACACUCAGAAGGGAGGAGUCUACAACCACAUAAUGAUGCGUUAUCUGAAGCAGAAGCACAAAAACAGAAGGCUGAAGAAGGAGCAGAAGGAGCCUGUGCCCAUUCCUCAGAUACUGGGACUGACUGCCUCACCGGGGGUCGGAGGAGCCACAGAAAUAAAGAAAGCAGAGGAGCACAUUCUGCGAAUUUGUGCAAACUUAGAUGCUUCCCGGAUCAUGACAAGGAGCCUUGGGGAAUACAAAAAGGAACAACGUAAAAUAACUUUAACUAUUGAAGACAGAAAAGAGGAUCCCUUUGGUGAUGUAAUUAAGAAAAUUAUGAAGGACAUUCAUGCUCAUGCCCAGUUGAGCCCCACCUAUGACCUUGGCUCUCAGAAUUAUGAACAGUGGGUUGUUCAAACAGAGCGAAAAGCUGCAAAAGAGGAAGAUCAGAAAGUACGGGUUUGCGCAGAGCACCUUCGACAAUACAACGAGGGCCUGUAUCUCAGCAACACCAUUCGCAUGUGUGAUGCCCUCAGUUUUCUGAACAAGUACUACGAGGAGGAGAUAAAGAGGAAAACAAACCCAGAUGAGGAGCACAAAAUACAGAUGACAGAAACUGAGCGAUUCCUCUUUACUCUAUUUAGAGACAGCAAGGAAAAACUUAAGGAACUUGCAGAUAAUCCAAAUUUUGAAAAUGAUAGCCUGUCAAAACUACGAAGUCAAGUUCUGAAAGAGUUCAGCAGCAGGGAGGAGGCCAGAGGAAUCAUUUUCACCAAAACACGUCGUAGUGCUAUUGCACUAAGCCAGUGGAUUCAAGAAAACCCCAAGUUUGCUGACAUUGGAGUGAAAGCCUCACAUUUCAUUGGAGGAGGUGACCAGAGUGUUGUUAAACCAAUGACCGCUGCAGAACAAAGGGACGUGUUGAACAAAUUCCGCAAAGGAGACUUCAACUUGCUGAUUGCUACAACAGUGGCAGAGGAAGGUUUGGACAUACAGGCCUGCAAUGUUAUUAUCCGAUAUGGCCUUGUCACCAAUGAGAUUGCUAUGAUUCAGGCCAAAGGCAGAGGGAGAGCUGAGGACAGCAGUUACGCUGUGGUUGAUGUGAAGAACUCUGGGGUGGCUGAAAAGGAGUGUGUCAAUGAGUACCGCAUAGACAUGAUGAACAAAGCCAUUGACAAAAUCAGAGCCUUAAAACAAGAGGACUAUGACAAACGGAUCAUAGAGUUUCAGAUACAGGCUAUAAUGGAGGAAAAGGUGAGAAUGGUAAAGAAGAAGCAGAAGGUCAUGAAGAAUGAGAACCCAUCUCAAGUGAAGUUUAGCUGCCGAGGCUGCAACGAGCCCGUCUGCACUGGUGAAGACAUCCAGGUCAUCGAGAACGUACACAGAGUCAAUGUUACCCCACAGUUUAGCAAACGUUUCAUACGGAGAGAAAACACCACUCUUCAAGGGCGACUUCUGGAUUAUGAGACCAAUGCCUUCAUAGCAUGCAAGGACUGUGGACAGAGUUGGGGUACGAUGAUGUUGUACCGUGGGAUCGAGUGCCCCUGCCUCCAUGUGAAAAACUUUGUGGUGACAGUCAAAGAAAAGACACUGAGUAAAUGCACCAAGUGGGUUGAGCUUGCUGUCAAGUUUCCUGCCUUCGACUACGCUGAACAUGCGAGCCUGAUGGUCGAGAGCUCAGAUGAUGAGACAGAAUGAAGUGUAUUAUGCAGACUCAUCAAUCAAGAAAACAUAAAUUUCUGCUAUAUUCUUUCUUUCUAACAUUGUGGCUUGUACAGCAUGACUUCAGUGCUACUACUAUGUCAUUACAACCGGAGUCGCUAAUGGUAGUGGAUUUAGUAUGUGUUGCAAACAGGGUUGUCCGGAGCAACAAUUUUACAAUUGUAUUGGUAAAUGCAUAAAUCUCUGUAUGUCAAAAUAUGACGUUGCACUAGGAUUGUGAGUAUAUGUUGAAUUUGCUGCUGAAAUUCUUUUAUGAUUAUAAAAUAUACACUCUAGCCUUCAAGCUCAUCUACAAGUGUCCAUCACUACUAGAAAAUAAAGAAAAUGAUUAAUGAAAGAUAGGCCCUCUCAAACCCUUGAGAUCUUAUGGGAUGGGAGCCACUGAGCCUGUGAUCGCCCCUCAGAGCCUACCUGUCAACACACAUGCAGACAAACAGGUGCUGAGGACGUUUCAGGAUAAUAAAGUAUAAAAACUGAUGCAC